GUCGUCGGGCAAGCAAGCAAAAAGUCGCUGUGACUGAGAACAGCCAAAGUGAAAAGGCAAAAGUUUAAAGUAAAUAAACGGGCAAUAAUAUAUCUUUUAUAAGAACACACACACACACACGCAACUGGGCACACAUACAAUACACACACACACACACACAUACGCACGAACACACACACACUGAGGCACUCAAGGAGCUAAAAUGCCCGUCUUUCACACAAAAACAAUCGAGAGCAUAUUAGAGCCUGUCGCCCAACAGGUAUCUCGCUUGGUUAUCUUACACGAGGAGGCCGAGGAUGGCAACGCAAUGCCCGAUCUCAGCCGGCCGGUGCAGGUGGUGUCGGCCGCAGUGGCGAAUCUGGUGAAGGUUGGACGCGAGACGAUCAACAGCUCGGACGAUAAGAUCUUGCGCCAGGACAUGCCGUCGGCAUUGCAUCGCGUUGAGGGUGCCUCGCAGUUGCUGGAGGAGGCUUCGGAUAUGUUGCGGGCGGAUCCCUACUCGGGACCGGCGCGCAAGAAGUUGAUUGAGGGAAGCCGCGGCAUACUGCAGGGCACCUCGUCGCUGCUGCUCUGCUUCGAUGAGAGCGAGGUGCGCAAGAUCAUACAGGAGUGCAAGCGGGUGCUGGACUAUCUGGCGGUGGCCGAGGUGAUCGGCAGCAUGGAGGAGCUGGUGCAGUUCCUCAAGGAUCUGUCCCCUUGCCUGAGCAAAGUGUCGCGCGAGGUGGGCGCCCGUGAGAAGGAGCUGACGCAUCAGGUGCACGCCGAGAUUCUGACGCGCUGUCUGGAGCAGGUCAAGACCCUCGCCCCCAUACUCAUCUGCAGCAUGAAGGUCUACAUACACAUUGUGGAGCAGCAGGGCAAGGGCGCCGAGGAGGCCGCCGAGAAUCGCAAUUAUCUGGCGGCGCGCAUGAGCGAUGAGCUCCAGGAGAUCAUACGCGUGCUCCAGCUGACCACCUACGACGAGGACACCAGCGAGCUGGACAAUCUCACCGUGCUGAAGAAACUCUCCAAUGCCAUCAGCAACAAAAUGGAGCUGGCCAAUGAGUGGCUCUCCAAUCCGUAUGCGCUGCGCGGCGGCGUUGGCGAGAAGGCGCUGCGCCAGGUCAUCGAGAAUGCCAAUGAGAUUUCGGAGCGCUGCCUGCCACAGGACUCGUAUCCCAUACGCAAGCUGGCGGAUGAGAUCAGCGCCAUGGCCAACAAUCUCUGCGAGCUGCGCCAGGAGGGCAAGGGCAACUCGCCGCAGGCGCAGUCGCUGGCCGGCGCCAUACGUGGCCGCCUGGGCGAGCUCCAGGCGCUGGUGCGUCAAGCUGUGCUCGGCGUGGACAAGGCGGGAGUGCAGCAGACGGCGCACACCAUCCAGGGGCGGCUGGAGCAGGCGGUCAAGUGGCUGCAGCAUCCGGAGCUCAACGACGGCGGCCUGGGCGAGCGCGCCAUCAAUCUCAUUGUGGAGGAGGGCCGCAAGGUGGCCGAGGGCUGUCCCGGCCAUCAAAAGGCCGAGAUCAUGCAGCUGUGUGAUGAAGUGGAGCGUCUCAAGCGCCAAGCCGCCGGCACAGGACCAGCCGCCAAGCAGGCGGCCAAGCAGCUGACCGCGAAGCUCUACGAGCUCAAGGCGGCCAUACAGAAUGCGCUGGUCAAUCGCAUCGUGCAGGAUUUCAUGGACGUCAGCACGCCACUGAAGCAGUUCACCGAGGCGGUGAUGAUGCCCGAGGGCACGCCCGGACGCGAGCAGAACUUCAAUCAGAAAUCGAACAAUCUGCAGGCGUUCAGCGAUCGCGCCUCCAAGACCUCGCGCAUGGUCGCCGCCGGUGGCGCCUGCGGCAACAAGAAGAUUGCCGAGAUCUUGCUCUCGUCGGCGGCCCAGGUGGACUCGCUGACGCCGCAGCUGAUCAACGCGGGACGCAUACGCAUGAACUAUCCGGCCAGCAAGGCGGCGGACGAGCAUCUCCAGAAUCUGAAGCAACAGUAUGCGGACACGGUGCUGCGCAUGCGCACGCUUUGCGACCAGGCCACCGAUCCGGCGGACUUCAUCAAGACCUCCGAGGAGCACAUGAAGGUGUAUGCCAAGCUCUGCGAGGACGCCAUCCAAGCGCGCCAGCCGCAGAAGAUGGUGGACAACACCUCGAACAUUGCGCGCCUCAUCAAUCGCGUGCUGCUGGUGGCCAAACAGGAGGCGGACAACUCGGAGGAUCCGGUGUUCACCGAGCGUCUCAAUGCGGCCGCCAACAGUCUGGAGCGCUCGCUGCCCGCCAUGGUGGGCGACGCCAAGCUGGUGGCCACCAACAUAGCCGAUCCCGCCGCCGCUGCCGCCUGGAAGAAAUCAUUCCAGCGUCUGCUCGGCGAUGUGCGCGAAGUGCGCGAUGCCAUUGCGCCACCACAGCCGCCACCACUGCCCACCUCACUGCCACCACCGAUACCAGAGCUCAGCGCGCUGCACUUGUCCAAUCAGCAAGCUGAGCGCGCGCCGCCACGCCCACCACUGCCCAGGGAGGGACUGGCGCCAGUGCGUCCGCCACCACCAGAGACGGAUGACGAGGACGAGGGCGUCUUCCGCACCAUGCCGCACGCCAAUCAACCCAUAUUGAUUGCAGCGCGUGGUCUGCACCAGGAGGUGCGCCAGUGGUCGUCCAAGGACAACGAGAUCAUUGCCGCUGCCAAGCGCAUGGCCAUAUUGAUGGCGCGCCUCAGCGAGCUGGUGCUCUCGGACUCGCGCGGCAGCAAGCGUGAGCUGAUUGCCACGGCCAAGAAGAUUGCCGAAGCCUCGGAGGAUGUGACGCGGCUGGCCAAGGAGCUGGCGCGCCAGUGCACGGAUCGUCGCAUACGCACGAAUUUGUUGCAAGUCUGCGAGCGCAUUCCGACCAUUGGCACCCAGCUCAAGAUUCUGUCGACGGUCAAGGCGACCAUGUUGGGCGCCCAAGGCUCCGAUGAGGAUCGCGAGGCGACCGAAAUGCUGGUGGGCAAUGCUCAGAAUCUGAUGCAGAGUGUCAAGGAGACAGUGCGCGCAGCUGAAGGCGCCAGCAUCAAGAUCAGAUCCGAUCAGACCAGCAAUCGACUGCAAUGGGUGCGCCGACAGCCCUGGUAUCAGUACUAGGAGCCCUCGUCACUUCUUCGCUCUGCCACACACACACACACACACACACACUUCACUUCCCCCUUUGCUCUAACGCUACGCAACGCUUGUGCCUUGUGUAACUUAAACUAAAACUAAACUAAACACUAUAACUAAACUUAAAUUAUAUACAAUUUUUUUAAUUAAUAUCUAAUCUGUCUAAAGUUGCAAUACACACGCAAAAUUGUUUAACGUGUUUGCAAUUUAUUUAUUUUGCCGAAUUCUUUGUGCUUGCUUUAGCUUUAACCAUAAUUCCGUUUAG